GAGUGGUUGAAGGGAGGAGAGGCUGGGAACGGGAGAGGAUCCGCCAUUAUUGGGAAGCUGAAAAACCCCGCACUUACGCACGCACACACACACACACACACACACACACUCCGCCACAAAUGAGUGUAUUUUGCGUCGCGUCAGCUCGGAUCUGUUUUCUGCGGAUAAAAAUCUGCGCUUUUGUCGCUGUAGAGUUUUAGCGCAGUGUCCGACUGAAACGUUUAACAACAACAACAAAAAAGAGGAGACUGAGAAGUCGGGAUGUUUUUGGGGCACAACAAAGGAAAUAAGAAGAAGUGGUGAAAAGAGCGUGCUGGACGCAGGGAACUCUCUCUCUCUCUCUCUCUCUCUCUCUCUCUCUCUCUUUCUCUACGCCCCCCUCCUUUCCCAGCAGUAACACAGGGAGAGAUCCGGACAUUCCGGCUUGUUUUUCUUCACUGUUUGAUUCGUCUGUUUCACUAACAAUAACAGCAACACAGGCACUAAAACGCUCUGAAAACUUUGUUUCAUGGAUUCAUCAUUGUGAGAAGAGUAUUGUUAGACGGACAGCUACAGGAAAAAAGGGAGAUAAUGAAAUUAAUGUGACUAGGGGAGAAGAGUUAUUUCUGCUGUUACUGAAUCUAAAGGGAGAGAAAAACGAGUGAAAGAGUCGAGGAGUGGAGAAGACAGACAGGAAUGCUGUGGAAUAUAUUCCAGGUGGACAAACCCAAGACUUUGUUUGUGUUACGGAACUUUUGAGAAGAGAUGGGCUGGGAUGGUUCUGCCUCCAUCACACCUUUCUAAUUUCACAUCAGACCUCCUCCCCUUCCUCCCAAAUUGCCAACCACCUACAGGCCCUUUGCAUUGUUGCCCUACAAAGAUUCUGCAUUUUGAGGUGUUUCUGCUAAGUGCACAAAUGACUCUGUAUUUAAGAUUUGGCCACGAAGAGUAUUGAAUACAUGCUCCCCAUCCUUAAAGAAUUAGCAAGUUGGGGACCUUUUUAAGUCCUGGAUGUGCUUUGAUGGAAUAGUAACCCAGUAGCUUUCCAACUAGAGCUUCUGGGAAUGGCAAGAUGAGUGGCUUCAAACGAUAAUGAUGGCAAAAAAACAUGAUGCUCGGGCACCAACCUACAACUUGGUUGUAGUAGGUUUGUCCGGGACUGAGAAAGAGAAAGGGCAAUGUGGGGUAGGAAAAUCCUGCCUUUGUAAUCGCUUUGUACGCCCCAGCGCUGAUGAUUUUUAUUUGGACCACACCUCAGUUCUGAGCACUAGUGACUUUGGUGGUCGAGUGGUAAACAAUGACCACUUUUUGUUCUGGGGUGAGGCAUCACGGCCAUUGGAGGAGGGACCUGAAUGCCGAAUGCAUGUGGUGGAGCAGACGGAGUUCAUUGAUGACCAAACGUUUCAGCCACAUCGAAGCACUGCACUUCAGCCUUAUAUUAAGAGGGCAGCUUCGACCAAACUGGCCUCUGCUGAAAAGCUGAUGUAUUUCUGUACUGAUCAGCUGGGUCUUGAACAGGACUUUGAGCAAAAACAAAUGCCUGAAGGAAAGCUUCUUGUAGAUGGGUUCCUUCUCUGUGUUGAUGUAAGCAGGGGAAUGAACCGUAAUUUUGAUGACCAGAUGAAGUUUAUUUCCAACUUGUACAACCAGUUAGCAAAGACUAAGAAACCAGUUGUACUUGUCUUGACCAAGUGUGAUGAGGGAGUUGAGCGAUAUAUUAAGGACUCUCACACCUUUGCUCUAGCCAAGAAAAAUUUGCAGGUAGUUGAGACUUCAGCACGCUCUAAUGUGAAUGUUGACCUUGCCUUCCUCACCCUAGUGCAGCUGAUAGAUAAGAGUCGAGGAAAACCGAAGAUCAUCCCCUACUUUGAGGCUCUGAAGCAGCAGAGUCAGCAGAUAGCAUCUGCUAAGGACCGCUAUGAGUGGCUUGUCAGUUGCAUUGUGAAGAACCACAAUGAAACAUGGCCCAACAUCAACCGUAGAAUGCAAACUUCCCCUGAAUACAAAGACUAUGUCUUCCUUGAGGGUACUUCCAAAGCCAAGAAAUUAUUUCAGCAACAUGUGCACAGGCUCAAACAGGACCACAUAGAAAAACGGCGCAGGAUUUAUCUAAGUACACUUCCACAGGCUCUGUGUACUUUGGUACCAGAUUUAGAUGAGAUUGACCACUUGAGCUGGUCAGGGGUACAGAAGGUUCUGGAGACAAAGCGUGGGUUCUCACAGUGGUUUGUUAUAUUAGAUGACACACCAUGGGAAACUACUCCACAUAUAGAUAACAUGGAAGAUGAGCGAAUACCCCAGGAUCUUUUGGAAACCCCAGCUGCAGAAGUCAUUUAUGAAAGUCAUUUAGAGCACCUGAGGAAUGAGAGAAAACGAGCAGAAAUGCGUCGAGAGUUCAAAGAGAAACUGGUUGCAUCACCAUUUGUCACUCCUGGCAAGCCUUGGGAGGAGGCCCGCAGCUUUAUAAUGAAUGAGGAGUUUUACCAGUGGCUGGAGGAACCAGAGUAUCUGGAUAUGUACAACAAGCAUCAGAAGGAGAUUAUUGACCAAGCCAAGGAGGACUUCCAGGAGCUGUUGCUGGAGUACUCUGAGCUGUUCUAUGAGCUUGAGGUGGAUGCUAAACCCAGUAAAGAAAAAAUGGGUGCCAUUCAAGAGGUUCUUGGAGAGGAACAGAGAUUUAAGGCCCUUCAAAAACUUCAAGCAGAGAGGGAUGCACUAGUUCUCAAGCAUAUACAUUUUGUCUACCACCCAACAAAAGAGACCUGUCCUAAUAGUCCUUACUGUGUGGACAGCAAGAUUGAGCAAAUCUUGGCCACAAGAUUUCCUACUCGGUAUGCAUUUGAUGGCACCUUGAAGUCCCAGUAUGGUGAGGGAAAAGUAGAUAGGAUUAAUCUUGUAAUCCUUGGAAAAGAUGGACUUGCGAGGGAGUUAGCCAAUGAGAUCAGAGCAAUGUGUACCAGUGAUGACCGAUAUACACUGGAUGGAAAGACAUAUGAGCUGGCUCUGCGGCCUAUAGAAGGCAAUGUACGUUUACCAGUUAACUCUUUUCACACACCUACUUUUACUCCACACGGAUGCCUGUGUCUCUACAACUCUAAAGAAUCGCUGUCCUAUGUUGUUGAAAGCAUUGAGAAACUUCGAGAAUCAACCAUUGGACGAAGGGAUAACAGCUUAGCACUGCUCCCCAUGUCACUCCUAUUGGUCACCAAGAGAGGAGUUGGAUCAAUUGGGGAUAUUGGGGGAGAAACUGCCCAAAGUUUAAUAAUACAAGGGCAGCAGGUUGCUGGGAAACUGCAGUGUGCUUACUUGGAUCCUGCUUCCCCAGGUGCAGGCUAUGCACGCAAUCUAAAUGAAAAGCAGAUCAACCAAGUCCUAAAAAGCCUCUUGGAUGUACAGAGACCUCUUGGCAGUCUUGGAAGUAGCUCCCCUCCUUUACCGGCUCCACGUGCCCGUUUUAGAGACUCUCAUGCUCAACAAACUUCAGAGGCUGACUUGCAUGUUGUUAUGUGCAUCAUGUGUGGAGAUACUUAUGAUGUAGACCAACUUUUAUCACCAUUUUUACAUUCUCAGCACUGUAGACCUUCUGCCAACCUAUCUAGUGGCACAUCAGUGUUGUUAGACCUUACUAUUGGUAGCCAAAGGCAAACCAUUGACCUAGCUGUGCUAUCAUAUCAUUCUACUUUUUCUUUACGCAAGAGCCGUUUAGUGCACGGAUACAUUGCAGUAUACUCGGCAAAACGCAAGGCGUCCCUAGAAACACUUUGCGCCUUCCUUUGUGAAGUGCAAGACAUUAUUCCUGUGCAGCUGCUGGCAGUUGGGGAGACUCAAGCAGAGCUAACAGAAUCGGAGGUAGCCCGUGAUCAACUGGUCGAAGGGGAGGAGUUGGCUCAUGAAAUUGAGGGCCGUUUCAGUUCUGUUGUCUGUGGACCUGGUGGGGUAGUGGGUGGUUUGCAUCGAAUAGAUCUCUUCCAGCCCUUUUUAAAGGAGGUAGUUGAAAAAAGGACCAUUGUAGAGGCCACACAUAUGUAUGACAAUGUAGCAGAGGCCUGCAGUACCAAUGAGAGUGUCCAUUCGCCUCGUUGCGGGUCACCAAGUGUCCCCAUGCUGGACUCUGAAGAUGAUGUCGAGCCCUCACCACCUUGCCCCAUCUAUAGAGAUGAUAGCACUUUGACUCAUGGCUUUAAGUUUUCUGACCUGGAAAGUAGCGACACCUUCAGUGUCAUUUCUGAAAUUAGCACAUUUGAAAGCAAGCUUAACAACAAAGUUCCACCACAGGUGCGACCCAAGCCUACAGUUACAUUUGGGAAAGUUAGUCUUGGCUCCUACAUGGACCAUGGAGGUAACAGACGUUCAUUACCUUCAGUCACAUGGCCACCAAGCAGUGAUGGUGGAUAUGAUCCUUCUGAUUAUUCUGAGCCAGUGGACGCUGUGCCUAAGCCCCGCCCCACAGAAGAGGAAAACAUUUACUCAGUCCCACACGAUAGCACCCAGGGUAAAAUCAUUACCAUUCGCAAUGCAAAUAAGAGUCAUUCUAAUGGUGGGGGAAAUGGCUCAGACAGUGAGGCAGACAACAGUUCACUAGAGCGCAGGCGCAAUUUGUCUACUGUUGGAAUUAAGCCACGAUUAUACCGUGAUCGCUCUAAGCGACUGGGCAAGUUCAGUAAUUUCCGCACAAGUUUCAUUGGCAGUGACGAUGAGCUUGGAGGUCCACCCAAAACCAAAGAGGACGAGAUGGGGAUACAGAAAGGGGACAAUUCUCUGAAUGAAGAAUGUGAGGACCCUAAGAGAAACAAAAUUUUGAGGAGUCUGCGCAGAACUGGCAAAAAAACAAGGCCAAAGCCUCGCCAGUCCAUUUCUAAACAACUGGAGAGUAACUACUUUGGUGUGCCAUUGGUCAACGUGGUCACAGCUGAGCGUCCCAUCCCGCUGUUCAUUGAGAAGUGCAUCCGUUACAUUGAAGCUACUGGUCUGAGCACAGAGGGAAUCUACAGGGUGAGUGGCAACAAGGCUGAGAUGGAGAGCAUUCAGCGGCAAUUUGACCAAGAUUCCAACCUGGACCUGGUGGAAAAGGACUUCUCUGUGAACACUGUAGCCGGAGCCAUGAAGAGCUUCUUUUCUGAGCUGCCAGACCCUCUGGUGCCCUACAACAUGCAGGUGGAGCUGGUGGAGGCCUUUAAGAUCAAUGAUCGAGAGCAGCGGUUCCUCACCAUGAAGGACGUGCUGCGCAGGUUCCCCCGAGAAAACUACGAUGUCUUCAAAUACGUCAUCAGCCACCUGAACAAGGUGAGCCAGAACAGUCGUGUGAAUCUGAUGACCAGUGAUAACCUAUCCAUCUGUUUCUGGCCUACACUGAUGCGCCCUGACUUCACCACAAUGGAUGCGCUGACAGCAACGCGCACUUACCAGACAAUCAUUGAGACCUUCAUCUACCAGUGUGCUUUCUUUUUCUACAAUCAGCCUCUGGUCGACACCACGAGCGGCCUGCCUGGGCUCCCAGGAUCCCCCACUGCCACCCUGUCUUCCACAACAUCCAUGUCCGGCUCCGCCUACUCAUCCUGUUACACCCCGGUCCAGCACGUAGCCACACCCUUCAGCCAAUCUCAGCAGUCCCCACCCCAUUCUCCUCCCCCAACGCCACAGUCACCUAUCCAGAGUCUGCUGCCUCCAAUGCACCCGCACCACACAUCAACUGAACAACACACGCUGUGAAGCAGAGAAGGAUGUAUAGAGAGAGAGUGCGAACGUGAAAGAGAAGUUCUGAAGCCAGGAAAGAGAGAUUACAUGAAUGGAGAGUGAUUCUUAGAGAAAAUGAUUGAGGAAGUAUGUCUGCAGGUGAUCGAGCAUGCAGUGAGGGAAGAAUUAGAGUGUUCGACAUAGCGAGAAGGUCAAGCCACUUCAGCAGUGAGACACUCCAGUAACAUCUUUUGCUCCUCGUUAUAGAUCACUGCACUCAUAUAAUUGAAAAGCAUACACACAUUCUUGCAUAUAUAUAUAUAUAUAUAUAUAUAUAUAUAUAUAUAUAUAUAUAUAUAUAUAUAUAUAUAUAUAUAUAUAUAUAUAUAGCACAUGCGCACAAAUAGAUCUGAGAGCGUGCUCUCUUUGGGUCAGCACAGGACAGAUGUGAUAAUAGGAGUGUGUGCUGAAGCCUGUUACCUGGCCAAUCCCGAUUUACGUGAGAGGUGACUGAGUAGAAAUGGACUUGAUGUGUGAGGUCUGGACUAAAAGAUCUGAACUGAACUCUGCACACCGUCGAUUAUCUGCUCUACUUAACCUCCCAGGCCCUUGUCCUGUCUCCACCAAUAGGAAUGAAGCUAAAUGUGGCAAGAAGCCAUCCUUAGCAUUCUCAGCAUUUUUUUUUUAUUUUUUAUCUUUCAACCACUAUUGUUAUCACUUUUUUUUUUUUUUUUUAAAGACUUGCUCCAGCAAUUGAAGACACGACAACUCUGUCAGCCACAUUCCGCUUCCUCCCUGCCUGAAUGAGUCCUGUUUACAGAGGAACAUGUUUAAAGAAAACAGCCCAAACAAGAACUUGACGAACUGUAUCUGGUUUCAUUGGCAGUGGACUACAGUGAACUUUGGUACUUUUUUUUUUUAUGCACAGCAUUAUGGGAUUUGAAGUCUUCUCAGCAUCUCUGUUCAUCUCUCUGCCUUCACAAUGAGCCAGAAUCUCAAGACCAUGCUAGGAGACUUGUUUCCAUUUCUGUUCUGGAAGAAAAAGAAAAAAAAGAUAGUGUGUGUUUUCUUGAUGCGUCAGUCAGGGUUCAGUUGUGCUCCACUCUGAUAACGGAUCUCGGUGAGAUUCUUCUUUAGAACAGAGAUGUGAAGAUAAUGCACUAGUGAGCUGAAACAUUAAAUGUGUAUGUGCGAUUAUGCGUUUGUGUGUGCGCCUGCCUGAAUGUAACACUUUAUGCUUUUGAAAUGUCACCGUGAGAUUUUGGCAGCUUCCAAAAGUGUGUCCAAUGGAUGGGUUUUUGAUGGAGGACAAAAAGAGAUGUGAAGGUUGUGUUUAGAAAUAUAUGGCUGGUGAUUUUGGUUGUCUGUGUGUUAACACUGAAAGGAAAGCUGCUUCGUCUAAAAACACACUUGCGUCACUCAGUCCAAACUCUGCUGCACUAUUCCAUUUAGACUUCCAAAAGAUUUUGAAUCGACUGUUGCUCAGUCAGAAAUGCUUUUUGUCUGAAGGAGAGUAGAAAGAAAGAGAGAACCUUAAAGGGAAGACCGUGCCUGUUUUUUUUUUGUUUGUUUGUUUGUUUGUUUGUUUGUUUGUUUUUUUGCUAUGUAGUUUCCAUCUUUGUGCUUAUAUUUGAGUGUGCUACUGCCAUCUGCUGUGCCAACAAGGUACUACACCUCAGACUGACUCAGCCUUCGGUUUUAUGAUCUACCUUGGACACGAAGUCCAUUCGGAUCCCCCUCCCUUCCCGUCAUAGAAGUGCUGGAUGCACUUUAAAUCAUGGUUCCUGUUCACACAGCGUCACCAUAGAGAAAUCCUGAAGAACCUUACUCGGCAACACUUCUCAGCACUUCAUCUUCUACUUUUUUUUGUUUGUUGUUUUUUUUUUUAAUUCUCAGGUCACCGCUGUGAUAAUGGCUCAUUAACUAUCAAUUCUUCCUAAUUGUCAACUUCAUUAAUGUUAUUGUCAUGUCUGAGAGAAUUCUGCAAAAAAAAAAAUCAUGAUGCUGAUGUUACUCAACAGGCUGAGUUUUGGAAUUAAACAGGGAUUUUUAGGACUUCAGAAGUAGACAUUUUUAAUUGACAUUUCUCAUAGUGUAGGUCUGUAAUGAAUCUUUCUGACCUGAACUGCCCACUACUUCUGCCCUGCCAGUCAAAGUCACAUUAAGCAUCUGAUUGGUUGUUUGAAAUCCCAACACGUUUUCUGCCCAGACUUGUGCACUUUAAGUGUGGGCAGAAAACGUGUCGAGAUUUUAAACGGCCAGUCCGACUCGCACCUCAGCUAUUUUUCUUCUCUUUUCAGUUCACAUGGUAUUUUUUGGGAAAAUAGGGAGAAGGAUCCAUGCUCUCCUGGUACUUUGCAGUUGAUUGCUGUCUUGCCACGUUCUCAGUGUAAAUCAUAUGUCAGUGUCUCAAUACAGAGUUGAUCCUUAGCGGCCAAAGACUGUGCAAAAAGGGCAAGUGAAAGUCAAGGAAGGGCAUCAAAUGGGAAUUAAAAAUGUGAUGUUUCAGCAAUCUUAUGUGGCUGCGUUAUUAUUAUUAUUAUUUUAUUUUUUUUGCAACAGUGGUGACCAAUUGUUAAGUUAAAUGAGAAACAAGCAAAACUAUAUUCAAAAUGGUUGUUUAUUUGUAUGUUAGGGGGUCUAACAAUUUGCCCUGUAGUCAAUGGUGAUAGAAAAAAAAAAGGUUUCUUUUUAUGUAUUAUUUUAAUAAUUAAAAAAAAAAAAAGACAAUUUUUAACAAUUUUGUGAAUGGUGUAAAGGCCACAUGAUGUAGUGCAUGAUUCAGCUCCAAGUCUGGGAGUUGGAACCUUCAACUCUUCGUAUUUAAGAGAGAAAAAAAACCCUGCAUUAAUGAAAGAUAAAAAAAAAAAAAAAAAAAAAUCAUGAAGUAAACUGAGAAGAAACAAAAAUCAUGACGUUAUUUGCUCUGGUCAUUUGUCUCAGUGGGAAUGGUGUAUAAACAGUAAGGCCUUAUGUGAGCUGUAUUAUAGUUAAUAAAUCAAUCUUGUAAUAUG